AUGAUUUCUGUAAAGUACUUUGUCUUAUAUCUGCUACUUAUUAACAAGACUCAAUCCGAUUCGAUAAUUAAUGAUAAUGACCUUAUUAAUGCAUUGUUAUUGGCGUUAAAAUUUUAUUCUGAAAACAUUUUUAAUGUGAAUUUAGACGCCGCUAUUGGUCUACGAAUUGCUAAUGAUCAACUAACUAGUCAAUUAAAUUCUAUGAUAUGUUCAAAUAAUCUUACAAAUAUUGUACUUAGUAUGAUUAAUUUUAAUGAUCACCUAAUCAAUUUAAUAAUUGAAUCUGAAACAAAUACACAUCCUUAUUACCUUCGACAAUUAUUAUCAAUUCUUCAACGUGGCACAUUUUCUAAACUUGUGCCAUUUACUACAUUUUCUGCGAAUGUCUUUUAUAGUACAAAGUCUGUGAAAUGUUCAUCAACGUUUAUCGAAAAACGUUCGGAUCAAUGUUUACAUCAACUGUUUAUCACAUCACACCAGUGUGAACUGAAUAUACCAUGUAUGAUCUAUAUGAGCAACUACACCAAUACAUGCAGAUAUUCUCUUACACAUCAAAUAUUAUACUUUAUUGUUGUUACAUCACCGUUUUCGGCUUGCAAUAAUUAUGUACAAAAACAAUUCAAACAAGUCUUUGGUUAUUCUAUUGAAAUGGCUUUAGAACAGAUGCUGAAUCAAAUGUUAGUUGAGUCAACUAAUAUAGCUGACAAUCAAUUCAAUGAAUCAGAUCGAGAUUUGUUUCUUGAACAAGUAGCAUUUGGUCUCAUGCUUGGGAAAGCCGAUUUCUUUCAACCAGCUUGGUUGCAAGAGAUUAUUUCAUGGCAACAUCAUGAAGGUUGUUACGGGAACGAUACUGUGAUUCAAGCGAGACGUGAAGAAAAAAUAAUGGCUAAUUAUUGUUUAAGUCAUCGAACAAGUGUGGCAAUAGUAGCACUCGCCGAAAUGCUUCGUUAUCGAAUAAGUUUUCUCUGCAGGUCUGUUACAUUUUCUUACGUUUAA